AUGGCUAACGCAGCAGUGAAUAUCUUAUUGACAUUAAGCAUAAUAGCAUUUCUAAGUGUUGCCUCAAGUCAUGCAGAAACUAGUGACAUUAGUGACAAUGACACCUCAAACGGAAAAAAUUCAUUUAUUUUGGAUAAAAUGUCCUGGAAUUGUGCAAAUAACGCGAGUUGCCUUUAUUCAGUUGCCAAUAGUGUUCUUACUUCGUAUAAGCAAGGUGAAGUGAUUAGUUUCGGGCUAUUCGAUGUGGAAAAAGUUAAUAGACCAGGAACCCCUUCGAAUGGAGGAGGCAGGUCCUUGGGGUUGGCAGACUUCUUGAGCGGCAAUUCGAUUAAAGUGCCAAUUGGACCGGUAGUGUUUAGUGUUCAACGAUCCUUGGACGAGGGAGACUUCAUUGAAAUUGCCAUUUCAAAGCCGACAUUGAGUGAAGGUGAGCGCGGAGGAGGAGGAGGAGGACUUGGUAUUGGCAACCGGAUAAGAAACCGACACGGUCACAAGGACAAGAAGCAAUUUCAAAUGCUCAUUCCAAUGUACUUGGCUGCUACGACAUUCGGUUGGACAAUGUUGGCAGUGAAGGCUGUUGGAAUGUUAACUCUCAAGGCUUUGGCAAUAUCUAAGUUGGCAUUUAUUGUUGCUGCUAUGGUAAUCAUAAAGAAACUCAUGGAUAACGCAUCCGAGAAAUUAAUGUAUCCUCACUAUGCAGAGCCACAACCCUUUAUAAUGCCUUAUAAUAUGGAUUAUGGAAUGCAUGCGUUGCAAGGUCCUGAAUUAGGUGGACCAGAAAUGUAUCCGAUGCAUUUUGCAGCGGCAGCAGCUGCUGCCAGUGGAAAUGGUGGGCAACAGCAUCAAGGGAUGGAGAAUGUAGCAGCUGAAAGUAAUUUGCAUCAAUUGCUGGAUGUGCAAAAUGGAACACAGAUUUUAGCUGGAUUAGCAAAGCAAAUUGGACAUCAACAGAAGAUAAAACGGGCUGAUACGUGGAUGGGUGAGUUUAGAAUUUAA